AUGCCGCCACCCGCACCCACACCUAUGUCGGCAAACACCACACAUUUCUCACUCCACCACCCUUCUAAACUCGUCAACCUCCGCCCGAAUACCUGGCUCGCUCUCGAAACGCUUAUCGAGUUCAUUGUUCUCUCCUAUCUCACCUGGGCGUUAUUCUACCUCAUCUAUCUUUGGAUAUGCGGUGCGGUUUGGUCAGUGAAAGGGCUGAGAGAACUCACGGGGAGGCGAAAAAGAGGUAAGGAGGGGAAGGAGCAACGGCGAAUAGAGGAGAUAACAGAGGAGGUAACAGAAACAAACGAAGGGCACUAUGCGCCUACAGUUCAACAAACAGAGGAUAACGGCGUCGAGGAUAACAACAUUCGGGAAACACCGAACGACGCCGGCACGCAUGAACACACCACAGGGCGUCGACGACGCAUGACGCUGUGA